UGCCCGCCACUUUCUCCGUUCGCGUAAGUUGAUGUACACAUGCUCUAUGACAUUUGACGCACGUGCUGAUGCUUUUUCGUGCAGAACGGACCGGUUUUCACUGGCACAGCCUUUGGUGCCAACAAGAACAUCUCUGGCGAAGCCGUCUUUACGACCUCGCUCGUCGGAUACCCCGAGUCCAUGACCGACCCCUCCUACCGAGGCCAGAUCCUGGUCUUCACCCAACCGCUCAUUGGCAACUAUGGUGUGCCCAGCAAGGAGCGUGACCAGUGGAACCUUCUCCGACACUUCGAAUCCCCCCAUAUCCAGUGCGCCGGUGUGGUCGUCGCGGACGUGUCGCUCCGCUACAGCCACUGGACCGCCGUCGAGAGCUUGUCGCAGUGGUGCGCUCGUGAGGGUGUGCCGGCCAUCUCGGGCGUCGACACCCGUGAGAUCGUCACCUACCUCCGAGAACAGGGUUCUUCCCUCGCCAGGAUCACCAUUGGUGACGAGUACGAUGCAGACGAGGACGAGGGCUUCAUUGACCCCGGCCAGAUCAACCUGGUCAAGCGCGUCAGUACCAAGGCUCCCUUUGUGGUUGAGUCCCCCGGCGCCGCCUACCACGUCGCUCUGAUCGACUGCGGCGUGAAGGAGAACAUCCUGCGCAGUCUGGUCCGCCGUGGCGCCUCUGUCACAGUCUUCCCCUACGACUACCCCAUUCACAAGGUCGCCCAGCACUACGACGGUGUCUUCAUCUCCAACGGGCCCGGUGACCCGACCCACUGCCAAGACACAGUCUACAACUUGGCUCGCCUCAUGGAGACGUCGUCGAUCCCCAUCAUGGGCAUCUGCCUCGGUCACCAGCUCCUCGCCCUGGCCGUCGGCGCUCGCACCAUCAAACUCAAGUACGGCAACCGUGCGCACAACAUCCCCGCCCUCGACCUCACCACCGGCCAGUGCCACAUCACCAGCCAGAACCACGGCUACGCCAUUGACGCGAGCACUCUCCCCAGUGAAUUCAAGGAGUACUUUGUCAACCUGAACGAUGGCAGCAACGAGGGCAUGAUGCACAAGACCCGCCCCAUCUUCUCGACCCAGUUCCACCCCGAGGCCAAGGGCGGACCCGAGGACAGCUCCUACCUGUUCGAGAAGUAUCUCCAGAACGUCCAGCUCGCCAAGGAGAGCCAGAAGGUGUACAAGGACAACCGUCCCACGCAGUUCAUCCUGGAUCUGCUCAGCAAGGAGCGUGUUGGUGUCGAGCCUUCGCCUCUCGUCAGCCGAGCUUAGGGGAGUGAAUUGGGAAAGACGCAAUCGGGGCGCAGGGUUGACCAAGAGGAGUUGGAAUGUUCUGGGACACACAGUAAUUCACAUGCCUAAUUGAUUUUGAAUGGAAAUCUAGUUCUAGUAAACGUUGAA